AUGGGAUCGGUGAAAUCGAAAGUGAAUGUUGAAAUUGUGCAAGAACAUGUGAGUUUUUUGAAAUUUUUUGAAAUUUUUUUUGAAAAAAAAAAAUUAAAUUAAUUUCAGGUCAAAACCGAGCCAGUUGUAAUGUACACCAAAUCGGCUUGCAAUUUCUGCACAAAAGCCAAAGAUUUAUUCAAGGAUGUGAAAGUGCAGUACACCGUGAGUUGUUUUUUUUUAUUUUGAAAUUAAAAAAAGUUUUUUAUAGGAAGUGAAUCUGGAUCAGCUAAAAAUCGAUCAACCCAAAGAUUAUUUAGGAAUUGUUAAUGGAUUGGUUUAUACAACACGGCAGACAAGUGUUCCGCAGGUGGGGAUUUUUGGGGGUAAAAAUUGAGGGAUUUUGGGGGAAAAUUGAGAAAAAUAAGUGCAAGAAUUAUAAAUACUGUAAAAUCAAUGAAAAAACACUAACUUCGUACGGAAUUCUGUGAUUUUUCAGAUUUAA